AUGACGUUUUCUUGUUUAGGUUCGUUCAUCGGUGCUUUUAUUCUUGCUGCAAUAUUGUGUGUUAUCUCUCUUAUACGUUUCAUGGAAAAUCAUAAGUAAGAGUUAUUUUCCUCGAGCUCGGAAACUAAGUGAGCCGCGCAGCGCCAAAGUGACUAAAUGACUUAUAGUGACUUGGGAUCAUGGGAUGAUAGAUGCUCUUACACGACGCGUUCAGUUGAUGGUAGAUUUUCAUGUGGUAGAUGUUCAUGUUCAAUUGGCAUAAAAUUUGCCAAAAGAAGAUAGCUCGUAUAAACCAGGCUUUAUAAACACCAUUGAACCUUUCGGGUUUUCCUUUGAUAAUUUUACGGUUCUUUUUGCUUUUUUCACUAGGAAUAACAUGCUAAGGAUGUUCAAAGGAGAUAAAUCUUUUAUUCCUAAGUUUAUGAGUGUGUCACAGUUUAUGAUUGUAAGUCGAACGAUUUACCGAUAUAUCUCCGUUUUAUUUUCAUUAUUUAAUUUUCAACAUAGACUUACGUCUUCGUUGUUCUCCAAGAUGUAAAGAUUGUUUGUUAGACUCUGCGUGGCCAUUUUCUGUCGUACACACAAGUUUGUGCAAUGCUGUCGAGACAACAGUACUCUUAAAAUUUGUUGGGUUUUUUUUUCAAAUCUUGUCAACAAUUGGAAAUGUUGAUUCGUGCUAGUCGACAAGUUGUUUAACGGUCUUUAACGAGUCGACAAAUAAAAAUGUUGAACAAACUAUUAGACCUGCAGUAUAAUAGUUUUGUUUGUGAAAACACCACGUAAAUUUAUUACUGCAAAGCUUUCGAUCCGUAAGCCCGGAUCUUCAUCACUGCUAAUAAUAUGACAUAUGAUUAGCACUGAUGAAGAUCCAGGCUUACGGAUCGAAAGCUUUGCAGUAAUAAAUUUACGUGGUGUUUCCGCAAACAAAAAUGUAUACAUUUUAUCGCCAUGCAAUCACACAAAGAACUUAUUGAUUAGACAGUAUUUGGCAUGUAUGCAGGGAAUACAAGCAUUUUAGUUUACUACCGUUUUUUUCGGAAGAAGGUUGUAAAUAAACGAGUUUUAGAUGGAGAACAGUACCUCACUUCCGUCAAAACCUGCGCUGGGCUCCCACUAGUGGGGGACUCCGGUAAAGUUCUUGAUUGUGUCAUAACAACAUUUCCAGCAUUCAGAUAUAACCGUUCUUAAACUGGUUUUUAAUGGCGUGUUGAAGAAUAUACAACGAUCAAGUGCUUCCUUUUACAGUUAAUUAUUCACAUUCACCAUAAUUUCUUCAAAGCAUAUAGUGACAAAUUUCGUUACGGAAGUUUCAAAACUCAAUUGAAGAUUGACGUUUUACUACCGUACACCGGUGGUAGAAAAUUGUUGUAUAAAUCCCCGGUAAAUAAAACAUGGCAGUGACUAUAGUUAAAUGUACCUGACCUGAAUAUCUUUCGUUUUUAUUAGGGAAACGGAUUGAGAUAUCACAGUUUCCAGAUUGCCUACUUUAUGUGGGGUAGGUGUUUGUUGGUUAAGCUAAAUGUGUCGCUAUUGGGUCGUCACCAACUUAUAUGAACGGCCGGGGGGAGGGGUGGCACCGAAGACAGAUGCUUUUAUGAGAUGUAAUUAUGAAUUUCACAAUCGGGUUUUUGGAAGCAGAGUAGCGGACUCACUAAUGGUCGUUAAACACCAUUAUUAGCAACGCAGUGAUCAAUCACAGGCUUUGUUUGCAAACGACGUGUUUAUAAAUUUUAUAAUAGAUGUGAACUUGGUCCAAACAACUUUUCAACCACAAAAAGUAUUGGUUAAGUCAACAUUCUUAAGAAGCCCCAGCUCUUCUUUCAAAUUUAUUCUCAAAGUGCAUAUAAUAUUACAAGCCUGGUUUCCAAACUGUGUCGUAAAAGUCGUAGAGAUUUACCAUACUGUUGCGAAACGUUUACGCACCGUCUGGAAAGCAUGCUAUAAAGCGAAAAUGUUAUUGUCUUGAAGCAAAAAAAACUCUUAAAUCUGUAAUAAGUUAUUUUGAAUAUUGUUGUUUCCAAUGCUUCAUUGUUGAGAUGUCAGUCGACUUGUAUGAUAUUAAAAUGAGAUAAUAUGGCUUUAGUUUAAUUUUCUAGGCUACCUAUUGCUCGUGUUGCUGUUUUUUGUUUUCUUGUUUUGUCUUUACUUACUGACAUUUCCCGAGAUUCGAGAUUGGGUUAGGAGCUGGGCUGAAGGAGGAGGGUAAGUGUUCAUCAUUACCUAUUAUUAUUAUUAGAAUUAAAUUAUUAUUAUUAUUAUAUAUGUUGUUGGACGAAUUUGUUUGUAAAGUCCGGAUCAAAAUCUCGGGACGAAAAAUUUCCGACCAUCGAUGAAUACUUUUCAUAUGACGGGUUUUGCAAGCGCUCUAGUAGCAACUUGCAUGUUAGAUUAAUUUUUAGUCUAGGCAAAAAAAGUAAAUUCCCGUAAUUAAAAGAACUUAUUAAAAUUAGGCCAAAAAAAAUAUGUGGGUUUCCGGUUUCUUCUUAUAAAAACUUAGGUAGGGUAGGUCGGUUUUAACUUUUUUUUUAAACUUUUUUUAAUUUUCCGAACAACCGGACGCCAUUUUGUUUAGUCGGUGCUUCCACAUCCAAAGAUAAAUUUCCCUAAUAUUGCCUCAAAUUUCAAUUUUCCACAAACUUUUUCCUCUAAGUGGAUACACUUACAAGCAUGAUCCAAUAAAAAGUUUAGGGUCGGGAUUUCGACGUCCAAAAGCUAGGUAGGGUCGGGAAACCGGAAACCCACAUAUUUUUUUUUUGGUCUUAGUAAAAUUGCAAAAUUUGGUUACGAAAUGUUGUAAAAUACGGAAAGUAUAGCCUUGCAAAGUUUGCAUAUUUUCAGUAUUUUUGUAUCACGUGCGGAAAUUGUUACCAUUUUGGAGCCGAAAAUGGUAACAUUUUCCGCACGUAACACAAACGUACUGAAAAUUUGCAAAUUUUGCAAGACUAUCUUUUCCAAGCUUUACAUCAUUUCGCAACCAAAUUUUGCAAUUUUGCUAAUUUCAUUAUGUUCUUUUUAGCUGUUGUGUUUGAUUCCCUUCUUUUUACUUAGAUUAAAAUUUAGUCUAACAUGCAAGUUGUCCAUUAUACUAGUUACUGUAGCUAGUGCAUGGAUUGAAAACUGAAUAUGGAACGCACGGAAAUCGGCAAGUACAAAACGCAGGUUGCAGGUUGGAAUUUCGCAGGUUGGGAAUUUUGCAGGUUGGAAUUUCGCAGGUUGGGAAUUUUGCAGGUUGGAAUUUUGCAGGUUGGGGAUUUUGCAGGUUGGAAUUUUGCAGGUUGCCAGGAAUUUUGCAGGUCGAUGAUGGAAACUUAAAAUUACACCACUAUAAAGUAUAGUAUAAUUUAAUUGUGUACUUUAAUCGGCGCUUUUGAUAUCAGCCUAUCCUGCUACCAUGUUCCUAGCUUCUGCUCAAAGGAGUGGCCAUCACCUUUGUGGAAACAUUCAAAAUGACCAGAUUGGCUUGGACCUUCAGGGGGACGGAUGCUUCGAUUGUUGUGAGGAGCCUGCAUGACGUGGUGGCUAGGAACCUGGCAACAGGGUAGGCUGAAUAGUUAUCAAAAGGGCCGACAAGGAGUCAGACUGCAAUAAAUGCACAACUAAGUUAUACUAGAAUACUAAAACAGUGGUGUAAUUUUAAGUUUGCAUCAUCAACCUGCAAAGUUCCUGGCAACCUGCAAAAUUCCAACCUGCAAAAUUCCAACCUGCAAAAUUCCCAACCUGCAAAAUUCCAGCCUGCAAAAUUCCCAACCUGCAAAAUUCCAACCUGCAACCUGCAACCUGCGUUUUGUACCUGCCGGCACGGAAAUAUUACUCCCGCUGCCUAAAAACGCGCGAGUUGUUGCAGAUCUGCAAACAAGUUGUCACAAGGUUGCUGUCGAGCCGAUAUUAGGAUAUUAUCGCACUGUGCUUGUUCCCAGUUGUUGUGACAAAUCUGGAACAAGUUGUUAUUACUUUGUUAAAAGUUGCAACAAGGCUACUACAUGCUGUUCGUCACAAGCAAUGGCGCGUAACUGGCGGUGUCUGGGUGUCCAGAGACGGGGGGGGGGGGGCUCUCAUGCCUGGGGGUUCCCCGGCAAAAAUGACCAUAAACAUUUUGCUAAUACAUUUGGUAAAUUGGCCCGAGCGUCAGUUAUAGAGGGCCAGAAAAUUUGCAACGGGUGGCCCCCAAAAGUAGUUUGGAUUCCAUUUUUUAGUGGACAUGACAGGAAAAAGUUUUUGUGACUUGACCUCCUUUUUUUAGAGGAAUAUGGUUCGAAAACUUAUUCCCCCCCCCCUUGCACGAGCUUGUUGUCAUCAACUUGUUAGUAAUUUGUUGGAACAACUUGUUGCGAGUCUGUUGGCUUCAUCAACUUUGUUACAAGGUGUGUACAACUUUGGUACAACUUUGGUACAACUUUGGUACAAGGAUAACAACUUGUGCCAGACUUGUCAACAAUUGGGAACAAGCAGUGCGAAUACAUCUUGUCAACAAGCUCUGAGAUUUUUAUGCGUGCAUGCGAGACGUCACGGUAAGCAAGAUUAGGUAUGUAGGCCCCAAACUCUAAAUCGUAUUUAUCUCAGAUAAUUCUGCAUGUCAACAUUUUAUUUAGCGUUCUCUUGGCCGUGGCUUUUCUUACUCGCUUAUCUUUGCCAAUAACUGCAAUGACGAUAUUUCGUGAUCGCAACUAUUCUAAAGACGUCAUAUCUAUAAAUAACAGGUAUGUGUAACGUUGCAUCCGAAGGGUCACUGGGUAGAAUGCUGGAUUUGAAGGGUGUAUUACUCCAAAAGAUCUCGUAUACCUAGAGAAAAAUCCUUAAAAAAUUUCAACAAUCCCUUUAUCCAAAUAGUCUCUAAAAAUCCCACUGAUUUUUACACCGAACGGAGCGAUAAACCCCUCAGUAUCCAUUAUAGACUGUUGAAAUUACCUUCUGUAAAACAUCGAAUUUUUUCCAGAAACGUCUACUUGGUGUUCUCGUACUUCUGGUUUUUCUUGGGACUUCCCAUGGGUGUCUUCUCCGCUAUGUUUCGAAUCUUGAAGACAAUGGCUGUGGGAGCCCUGAUGUUACCAAGAAUUGAUCAUAGCUUAAUGCCCGAUGGUUUUCAACGGCUUGAUCGAGGUAACGAACUUGUUUUAAAGGACUGGGGCGGUAAUAGUGAUAUAUUCAACCUGGGCAAGAGUGCCUUAAAAUGUGUGAAAUACGGAUAUGGUUCCGCAAUGAAAUUUUAAUGCUAAAAUUGAACCUGGGUUAGAAUCAAUGAAAGGUCAAGUUUAGAGAACUUAAAAAACUUGGAUAACUAUGACGCGCGAAAGCGGACAAAAUUACUUUUCCGAAAUAUAUAUGACGUCAAUAUCAAAUAUAAAACAACAAUACAAAUAUAGUAGGAAUUGCCGUAUAUAUAUGUGUGCUAAUUCUUUAAUAUAAAACAUGUGCUUAAAUAUAUAUAUCAUCGUUUUUAAAUAUAAACAAUGUUGCCGAUUAUUUAACGUCUUCUCUCAUAUAUAUAAACAGUAUUGGAAUAUAUAAAUCACAUCACAUAUAUAAACUAGAGGGCACUCAGAGACUGCAUACCUCCGCCCGUUACUCGGAAGUGAAAGGCAACCUUGGAAUUUCCUAAGAAAUCCACUUUACAAUUCUUAAGCAUAAAAGAUUUCAGGCCCCCGCGAAUUGAAAUCGAAUUGCUAAUAGAACAUAUUACUGUUGUUGUGCUGUACAGUACUUGUAAAAUAAAAACUUAUUAAUUUAAGUGUCAUUAAAUAAAUGCAUAAAUUUUGCUUUAUGCACUCGCGCGUGCAGUAAUUUUCACAGUUGUGCUAUUUUAAAUUCUCAGGCAGCUAAAAUCUUUUGUCUUUAAAACAAUGUCGAUUUCUUGGGAAAUUCCGAGGUUGCGUUCUUUUUAUACACCCUGUAUUGAAGUAAUCUAAUGUUGUUAAAUGUUGUUAGAAUUUGAAUGGACUGGCACUUUGCUGAACGUAAUAAUGCGUAACUCCGUAAGCCUUGUUUUAGACAUUGAAUUUCGGUCGCGUGAAAUGCAACUAAGACAAUAGAUAAUGAAGGCCGAAGCUUAAUGAGGUUUAUCAUCUCAUUAUUGUCUUAGCACUGAGUGCAUAAAUUAUACACGUCCUAAUUACGCAUUCGGUAAUAUUUUUUGUUAAUUGACCGGGAAAAGCAAGACAAAAUUUUGUUCAUUUCUCGUUCAAUUUUUAACCAAAUUCAACCAAAUUUUAAUCAGUUCUUCCUUAGCCGAUGGGAAAUGCAUUCAAAAAAUUUCGUACGGAUAUGUUUGGUAUUUCUUGAGUUAUCGUGCUCACAGACAAACACACACACAUACACACACACACACACACACACAUACACACACACAUACACACACACACACACACAUACAAACCCAGAUGAUUACAUAACCUCCUGGCGGAGGUAACAAUGUUCCCAUAUAUAAAUCACCUCGCAUGCCAAAUAUAUAAAGGGUGGUUACAAAGCGUUCGCUUUAACCGAAUUAUAUGAAGUACUGCUUAAACCAAUAAACAACGUCUUUUCACUCGACGUUGAGUUUGAGUGGUCAUGGCUGACAAGCAUAUGCGCAUUUUGGCAAAUUUAAUAAAAGCAGUUACCAUGCAAUGUUGCUAAUCGUGGCACAUCACAGGAAUCGAAUAGCGAGGGAACUUAGUUAGGUUAGUGUUGAAGAAACAACAAAGCGGUUGUGUCCAUCAACAGUGUCAGAGGGCUGUCAAGGUGCAAACGCCACAAAAUAUUAUUGAGAUGGAUGGCUAUGGGAAAAAUAUUUGUAAUAUUUUCGAAUUAAAUAAGAUUUUCAUUCCUUUCUUGUUCCACGGCGCGCUCUUCUAGCACUGUAUUUUUUUUGCGUUUGCACCUUGGCCACCCUCUGUUGAUGGAAACAACCGCUUUAUUGUUUCUUCAACACUAACCGAACUAUUUCCCUCGCUAUUCGUUUCCUGUGAUGCGCCACGAUCAGCAACACUGGUAACUGCUUUUAUCCAAAUUUAGCCAAAAUUUGCAUAUGCUUGUCAGCCAUGACCACUUAAUUUCAACGUCGAAUGAAAAGACGCCUGCACUUUAUACAAGACGUUGUUUAUUGGUUUAAGCAGUACUUCAUAUAAUUCGGUUAAAGCGAACGCUUUGUAACCACGCUUUAUAUAUUUGGCAUGCGAGGUGAUUUAUAUAUGGGAACAUUGUUUAUAUAUGUGAUGUGAUUUAUAUAUUCCAAUACUGUUUAUAUAUAUGAGAGAAGACGUUAAAUAAUCGGCAACAUUGUUUAUAUUUAAAAACGAUGAUAUAUAUAUUUAAGAACAUGUUUUAUAUUAAAGAAUCAGCACACAUAUAUAUUCGGCAAUUCCUGUUAUAUUUGUAUUGUUGUUUUAUAUUUGAUAUUGACGUCAUAUAUAUUUCGGAAAAGUAAUUUUGUCCGGUUUCGCGCGUCAUAGAUAACGUUACUAUCGACACUACUAAGGGGACAAAUUACUUCCUCGAGAUUUUCACGCGCGGGAUAACGUGAUGACCUUUCUAAGGAAUCCCGCGAACGCUUUUGAAUCUCAACGGAGCUCGUAAUGAGUAGUGAACGGUAAACCCAGAGUGCGAAAAAGCACUGUUUUGGAACUUCAAAUUAAGAUAAAGGAAAAUAGUUUCGUACAAAUUUUACACCUUAGUGUGCCCGCCUUCAGACAUUACCGAGUAAGUAUUUUAGUAUAUAAUAAUUUUGUUUGUGGAAAUACCACGUAAAUUUAUUGCUGCAAAGCUUUCGAUCCGUAAGCCCGGAUCGUCAUCAGUGCUAAUAAUAUGUGACUUGUUCAAUUCUCACGCUCUUUUAUAUACAAAAGUGUCGUGAUCACAUUGAACAAGUCGCAUAUUAAGCCUAGUUUCCAUUUGGUCGUUAGUUGUCGCUGGCACGACAAGCGGUAGAUGUGAAAUAGUCUAAUAUAAUAAUAGUCUUUUGUGUGUUAUAUGCAAAUCAGUCUUAAUGAUUGCAGAGUUUUAUAAAGUUUUGUUGACACUCUAUUACAUCAGCCAAUUGUCGUGCCAGCGACAACUAACGACCAAAUGGAAACUAGGCUUUAGCACUGAUGAAGAUCCAGGCCCACGGAUCGAAAGCUUUGCAGGAAUAAAUUUACGUGGUGUUUCCACAAACAAAACUAUUAUAUGCUUUAUCGCCAUGCAAACAUACAAAGAACUUAUUUUAUGAAGCAAUGUGUCAGUUCAAGGUUGUUGUCAACUCUACUACUUUCACAUUAUGAAACAUAGUAAAAAAUAUUACCUUUAAGGAGCUCUAAAGAUAAUUUUCUCGAUAAAAGCGCCAUUUCCAGUGCCAAAUCAGUGGUCAUGAUUUGGCCGCUGGUGUAGCCCAAAGUGCGUAACACACAACUGUAAAACUAUAAUUUUACCUUUUAAUUAUAGGCUGCUGUCUUUUUGGCUAACGUUUUUUGUCUCUUUGAAAGGUUUCAAUGCGUACAUCUGUUAUCUUCACGUACAAACAGCUUAUAGAAACCCAGUCCUUCGAGUUUUCUGUCAAAUAUUGAGCGAUGAAACACGUAAGUAUUGGCAAUUUACAGUAUAGUAAUGUUGAUGGCAAAUCUUGUAUUUGAUUUUCGUGCUUUAUAUUAGUAAUUGGGUAUUAUUAUAAGUAAACUUGUUCAAAUUAACUCGAAUUUCUUCUUUCACAAAUUGUCAAAUGCGGCUAUCGUUACUUCCAGAAAUGAGACAAAGAGCUCGAUAGCAUGCAACGAUGCAUGGCCGCAAAAGACAUGAAACGCGCAAACGAUAGACUAUAGCAUUGAACGUUUUUGGUUUUUCCUAUGUUCAACUUUAUCUGUCUUUGCCUGUCAAAAGCAGACAUUGACAGUACUUUUAGUUCUUACCUUAUCCCAUACUUGUUUCAUAUAUUUUGUUGUAUUUGCUGUAGUUUUCUGCAUAUUUGUAUUAAUAUAUUCUGUAGUGUGGUUUUACAUUUUUUGUUUAUACUUUGUUUUGACUAAAUCGGUUUUGUCACGUGAUCGCUUUUAUACCCUUUGUAUAAAAGCUCAUGUAAUUUUCCCGACCCCCGCUACUAACUCCAGACGAAGGGCCUUCGCUCGAAACGUCGAAAUUCUCCCUAUAUUUUUCAGGUAGUUGCGUCGCUACCAACGAAAGCUUGUUAAUUUUUCUAAAACCUGCGCAUGCGAACACAGCGCCAUAUUGUUUUGGUCGUUACACAUUUCGUAUUCGUAUUUCCACGGCAUGACAUCAUAACGUUGAAUAUGAUUUUCUCAUUUUCAAGUCUAUGACGUCUCGUCGUUGAAUAUUAUGUUAAAAAACCCAUAUUUGGUCUGCUAUUGCGUAAAUUUCACAGUUGGCUGUUAGACAAUCGGAAAAUAUGAAUCUUUUAAAUAAAUAAAUAAUACUUUAUAUUGUAUCAUAGGACACAACAGGGAACGAAAAUGGACAUAUUCAGCUCAAGCUCGUGCCAGAUGGUUCCUUGCCCUUACCUUGAUCCGCAACCCACAGCUAGCGUCGAACCGUAAACUUGGUGGUUUUAAAGCAGGAAAAGCACCUCAACCUAAUCAAGGUGGUUGUGUCGAACAUGGCGACGUCAAAAUUGAAGUUGGUCGGUAUGGAUUAAUGCAAGAUAAGUGAAUGAUAUACAGCAGUACAGUAAAAACCCACAUAAAAGAACCAAUGUACCAGUUUUACAUCAGGCUGAAGUUCUUUCAUAAUAGUAGCCUGCGCGCAUUCUCAUGACAUCUAUCAAACGAUGCAUGUAAGAGGCUGCGCAACAAUGAAGCAAAGCUUGCCCCAAAUUUAUCCAGAUUUUCCGGGGGGGAAAUUUUUGCAAGUAAAUUAGUACGUUAAUUAUGCGGAAACGUUCAUAUGUCAAUGUCAACAUGGCGCUUUUCAAGGAAUGCGGGGUAGACUAAGGUUCCACCCACAGGUUUUUAGAAACAAUUAACACUGGCUUGCUUUUUUCUACCAGUGAAUAUUGGCGGGAUUUAUACAUGCGACGCAUCAUGUAGAAAUAUUUGUUUGUAUUUAUUUUCGUAACGACUUAACGCUUGUCUGAAGACAUGCAGUGUCUCAAUUCUGUUUCAGAACAAACCUCAAAAAUAUGAAAUACCAGUUUCAUAGUAUGAAUAAUAUAAAACUGGUUUUUCGUAUCUCUGAGGAUGGUUCUGAAAUAGAACUGAAACACUGCGCGUCCUCUAAGACAAGCGUGAAAAUAGUUCGUGCACUUAAAUUGGAUAAGAUUUGCUACCAAUUCCCGUUCACUCGAUAGCUCAAUGGGUAGAGCGGCUAUCUAGAUACCCGAAGAUGCGAGUUCAAAUCCCGCUCGAGCCAACGAAUUUUUCGUUGGUCUACUGCAGUGUCAAUAAUAUGAAACUGAUUUUUUGUAUCUCUGAGGACGGUUCUGAAAUAGAGUAUUCUCGUCGAGUACCAAACAACAGAUUUACGCUUUGCAUUUGCAAUGGUAAUCAAGUAUGUUCUUAACAAUAUCUGCCCUAUAAGAAGAUGCAUUCAAAAGGUUUUUUAAGAACUAAUCUUAGUUACCAACCUAAUUUAAGUGGUUCUUGUAUGUCCUUGCAUGGGCGUUUAAUUGCCUAAAUUUCAGGCCGGUUUUUAUAAGACUCGCUGGUUCUUAACUCACGGGCUUUUACUGUAAGCUUGGUUUGCCUUUUUCUCUUUAUACUUUUUAUGUAGUUUGUAUUUGAAUAUGAGUGAAAGUCCUUACUGAAAGACAAAUGGAUAAAUUCUUAUCCUAAGGAAAUCUUGACUUUCUGAACAUGUUGAUAUUUUUGUAAACGAGAUACUUUUCUAUUAUAGCAUAAAAUGUGCAACUAGUUUGUCCACUUUUAGUUUCAAGUACGGGGACGCAGUAGGGAUAGCUAAAUACCUAUAUUUGCAUGUGUAACGAGCUGGGGGAUCUGUUACCACCCAAGCGAGUGACAGCACAAACGUUUGAGAAACAAAAGCUUAAUUAAAGAAAAUUUAAAAUGACCAAAUAAGGUACCUUACCCAAACUACCUUAGGUCUGUUUUAUACGUUGCACUAUCGUCGAAUUUAAUUCAGAACGAAUUAAACUCGUCCGUUGCACUGUAGUCUGAUGAAUUAAACUCGUCCAAGACGUUGUAUCCGUCAUGGUCAGACGGAUACAACGUCUGUAGUACGUCUUCGUUUCAUACGACGUCUUACUGAUCGUGUCGAAUUAAAUGCAUAAAUUACGUUUAAAGUCUGUUUCUGUCUUUCUGAUCUCUUGGUUUUUAUUUCUGGGUAAUCCAUGAUCGCUAGUCAUGAAAUGAAUUAGUCUGA